GAAGAAUGCUGUAUUUGUACUCGUCUAUCUAACCGCAUAAUCACGAGGUCUGGAGAAAAAUGGCGACCUCUCUCUGUCCCAUCCUCGCCUGGAGACCACCUCUCAAACUCACUUCACCAAAUCCCGACAGUGUCAGGAUCAAGAAGAAUCGAGCAUUCCAAGUCUCAUGCCAUCACUCCUGUUUCGAAAUAAGGGAUAUUAAAUACCGACCUCCUGGGACUCAGCUCAAUCUCCUAAAUGAUGUUAGUUUUACUCUUCCAGAGAAAAGUUUCGGCUUGAUCUUCGGACGAAGUGGAAGUGGGAAGACUACCCUUUUGCAGCUUAUUGCAGGGCUAACUAAACCAACGUCAGGCUCCAUUUACAUUCAAAGAUACAGUGAUGAUGGCAGCCCAAAUCAGCCUCCUAUGCUGUUAUCUCCAGAAAGAGUUGGUAUUGUUUUUCAGUUUCCUGAAAGGUACUUUGUGGCAGAUAAUGUUUUUGAUGAAGUUACAUUUGGGUUGCCUAGACAGAACAGUGACCUUAAAGUUAAAGAAUUCAUUGCUAAAAGACUUGAAAGAGCUAUUACUUCGGUUGGUCUAACUGGUAUUUCAUUGGAUAAAAGUCCAAAUUCCCUAAGUGGUGGAUACAAACGUCGCCUUGCUCUUGCUAUCCAGCUGGUACAAACUCCGGAAUUACUGGUACUUGAUGAGCCUCUUGCUGGUCUUGAUUGGAAAGCGCGUGCUGAUGUUGUUAAGCUGCUCAUGGAUUUGAAGAAAGAACUGACUAUACUCGUUGUAAGCCAUGACCUCAAAGAGUUAGCACCUCUGGUUGACAGAUCAUGGAGGAUGGAUGUGGGUGGAGUGCUAACGGAGAAGCCACUACCGAUAUAAUCUUCUCACUAUAUUAUUCCGAUCUUAUGACUUUGAUGUUUGCCAGAGGUGUAAACUGGAGAUUAUUUGAAAGACAAGGAUUACAAAAAAUAAUGGCUAGAAUCAACCAUUACAACAAGUCAAAUUAUGACACACCAAUGUCAUGGUUCAGAAAACCCAUGGCAGUUGGUUCAUGAUGAUUUGGCUUUACAACUCCCAUGGCAAUACUUCUUCCUUGAUGAUUCUGGAACAAAGAUGUCUGGUUAUUAAUGCGUCAUGUUUAACUGUGAUAACCAUCCUUACCAAGUACUCCGUUGAUUUCAUUAGCUCAUAAAUUGUAUCUUGAUUUUGUAACACUAGAGAGAUUUAGAGAGGAGGGUAUUUAUUGAGUUUUGAAUCAAUUUUUUGAUGAUUAUCUUUUUGAAUGAAUGACCUAAAUCCCCUGGAACAGGAACAUGUACAUGGGCCUUGGCACAUGGUUAUUGUAAUGGAUCAUGUGAAAUG